CAAAUAUCAAAGUUAAUCAAUUAUUUGUUUAUUUAUUUGUAGUAAUCUGUUUCAAUUUUGAAUUAAAUUAACAUUUUUCAAUUAAAAAAGAACAAAUAAACAUUAAUUAUGACAAAUGUAUCAUUAAGACUUUAUAUUGAAACUGAUGAUGUUGAGUAUCCAGGAUUGAAGAGAUUAAAAUUACAAGGAAAAGAUUUGGAAAAUGUACCAGCUGAAUUGUUCAUGUUAAGAGAAUUACAAGUAUUAGAUAUGAGUCCAGAAAGACAACCAUCAUUAACUUAUAAAUUGUUAGAACUUCCGUCAGAUAUUGGUUAUUUAAUUAAUCUUAGAAUAUUAAUAUUGGAUACAAAUGAAUUGCAUAGUCUACCGUCUGAAAUUGGUUCAUUAACACAAUUAGAAAAAUUAUCUGCAUCAAAUAAUCAACUGAAAAGUCUACCUACAUCAAUGGAGAGAUUAAAACAAAUGAAAAGUCUACAUUUGGCAAAUAAUUUAUUCGCCGAAUUUCCUAAACCAAUAUUGAAAUUAACGAAGUUGGAGUUCUUAGAUUUAAGUAGUAAUCAUUUGGAAACUUUACCAUCAUCUAUAACUGAAUUAAUCAAUUUAGAAAGUCUAUUAUUAUUCGACAAUCGUUUGACCAGUUUACCAGAGGAUAUUGGUGAAUUACGAAAUAUAAGAUGCUUAUGGUUGGGUGAUAACAGACUGGAAAGUUUGCCACAAUCAAUUGUUGAACUACGUGGAUUGAUAUGGUCACCAUUAUUAUCACCAAGUACAACAGUUGGUGGAAACCCUUUAACAGAUCCACCGAUUAAAGUAUGCAGUGCAGGACUAGAAGAACUGGAUAGAUAUUUCGGUGUGGAAAUAAUUAAAUGAAUCUACGCGUGCAAACAAAAAGAAUUCUGUAACAAUUAUACACCAUAAAUAACUAGUACUUAUCUAGACAAAAUUCAUUUCUCAAUUGAACAUGAUAAACAAUUUAUUGAUAUUUUCAAUGAUAUAUAUAUGCUACUCAUUUGUCGAAA